AUGCCUAGAAGGCUUGGGGGGGGGGGGUCUCUGCCUUCCCUGAGCGGGGACGAGGAGCAGUUCUCCUUCCAGCCCCAGACGAGAUCUAGAGAUGACCCUGGAUGGGACUGGUCCCUCCCCGUACUGGGCUAUGCCGGGACCCCCAGGCAGGGAGCUGCAGGGGGGCUGUGCAGGGGAAUGCCCGCUGCAGCCGCCCUACCUGAUCCCGGGUCCGGCUCCCUCUUGCCCGCAGCCACUGCCAGCCUCACGUGUGCAGCCUCACGCCAGGCCGCCUGCGUUUCCGGCUGCAUCCCCGUUCCCUGGCUCUGCGAUGGCGAGCAGCAGUGUCCUGACGGCACGGACGAGCAGUGCGAUGUUGCCUGUGGCGGGGACCCCCAUGUGUGGCAGUGUGACGAUGGCCGGUGUAUUUCUAGCAGCUGGCGCUGCGAUGGUGCUGCUGACUGCCUGGAUGGCUCUGAUGAGCAGGACUGUGUAUGUGGGUCAAAGAAGGUGCAGUGUCCUGGCACCCACCACUGCAUCCCACACUGGGAGCUGUGCGAUCGGCACCAAGACUGUGAGGAUGGCUGGGACGAGGAGGGGUGUCCCCAGCAGCCCUGUUUGCCUGGGCAGUGGCAGUGCAGGAACAGGGUGUGCAUCAUGGCUGAGUGGAAGUGCAAUGGGAUCGAUGACUGUGGUGAUUCCUCAGAUGAAGAUGUCUGCGCCCCCUGUACGCCUGGCAUGGUGCGGUGUGAUGAGGGCAAGUGUAUCCUGGAGUCCCUGAUGUGUGAUGACAAGGAUGACUGCCUGGAUGGCACGGAUGAGCCCAGCACAUGUGGUCGGAGCUGCUUUGUACGCAACGGGGGCUGUGCAGAGACGUGUACUGACACACACUGGGGAGUGCAGUGCUCCUGCGGGGCUGGCUGGGUGCUGCAGGCAGAUGGGCAAAGCUGUGCUGAUGUGGACGAGUGCUCCCUGGAGUAUGGCCCCUGCAGCCAGCUGUGCACCAACACCCCGGGCAGUUUCAGCUGUGCCUGUCUCCAGGGCUACACCCUGCGGCAUGGCACCGUCUGCGAAGUGACAGACAAUUCAACACAGAUCCUGGUGGCUGUGGGGCAGGACCUGGCCCUUCUGGAUGUACGGACCCAAGCCUACCGGCCCCUGCUCUCCACUGAGACGGAACCCCGCGCUCUGGUGUAUGACCUCCUCCGGGAAACCUACUACUGGCUGACAGAGGAUGGAGAGCUCCGUGUUCACCACCCAGGGAAAGGCACACAGCCUCUCUAUGCAGAUGCCGGCGAGGUGAACAGCAUCUCUGUGGACUGGUUCACAGGGCAGCUGUAUUGGGCCAGUAGCCAUCCUCCAGCUAUCUGUGCAGGGCUGGGUGAUGGCCGUGGUUACAUGACAGUGCUGGGGAAGGACAUUGCACCAGAGCAGCUGACAGUACAUCCAGCUGCAAGGUCCCUGUACUGGGUCAACCGUGGACAGAGGGGCCGGACAGUCAUUGCUGCAGCUGGCAUGGAUGGCUCAAACCGGCAGGAACUCACAGUUGUGUCCAUGGAGGAGCCUGUGGGGCUGAGCCUAGACCAUGUGGCUGGCAGGCUGUACUGGAUCAGCGAGUACAAGGAGUCCAUCGAGACACUGCGGGUGGAUGGCAGCGGGCGCCACUCCUUCCACGCUGUUUUGCGAAGCCACACGGAGCCGCUGGGCCUGGCCGUGUUUGAGAGCCGGUUCUUCUGGACUGAUGGCACAGAGCUGGUGUCAGCCGCCUGGGCCUCUCCCCAGGAGCAUGCAGUGCUGCUCCGUGCCUCUAUCUCAGCUUUCACUGUGCUGCAUGCACUGCAGCAGCCUCCGAGGGACACUGCUGCAUGUGCUCUGGGCCUGUGCAGUCACCUUUGCCUCCUGUCCCCUGUGCACCCUCGGGGCUACAAGUGUGCAUGUCCAGAGGGCCUCUUCCUCCUGCCCUCGGGGAAGUGUGCAGAGCUGUCCAUCGUGUAUGCAUCGGGAAAGUCCAUCUCCCUGGUGCAUGUGGGCCCUGGAGCACACACCAAACAGGUGCAGGAGUGGCAGGAGGCCCUUCAUCUGCAAGAUGUGGACUGGCAGAGGUCAGUGCUCUAUGGAACAGAUGACCAUGGGACUCUCCUGCGUGUUGUGGGCUACCCUGGCUGGAGAGAGGCCAUUGUGACUGGGCUGCCAGUCUGCUCUGCCCGUGUGGACAUCCGCUCGGGGGACCUGUACUGGCUCGCGUGUAACCGGAGGGACAUCGGGGUGAUCCGGACAUCUGACAAGGCCCCACGUGUCCUGCACCGUGCUCGCAGCAGCAUCCAGCACCUCUUCUUGGACUGGCAGCGUGGUGCCCUGUACUGGCUGGCCCGCGGGCAACCCCUGCAGGCGCUGAGCCUGGCAGGGGGUGCUCCAUGGGAUGUCUGGAAUGAGACGUGGCCUGGAGACCUGCCUGCGGCCAUGGACAGCAGAGCCUUCAGCGUGCUCUGGAGCUCAGCCCUGGUGCCACCAAGCAAAGGGUCUGCCGUGCCACUCCUUCCACCUGUGACCACCACUAUGAGGACAACCACAAGCACCACUGCUGCUCGGCCUACCACCUCCACCACAACACCACCUCCAAGCCAGACCACCACUGCACUCAGCACUGCUCCUGCACCAACCAGCAAGGCUACUACAUCACAAACCACCAUCCGACAGUCUACAUCAAAGAAGACCACUCCUCCGCCAACCACUGCCCGGACCAUACUGACCAAGACUACCACUGUGCAGCCAGCUGCCAGCACCACUCGAUCUUUUAAAACUAAGAUCACUGCCCCACAGCCAACCACAAACACCCAACGCUCAAACAGUUCUGCACGGGUGGUGACACCUACCCCACCCCUCCAGUCUAGCACUGCACACCCCCUGACCCCAGUUGUCCAUCUGUCCUGUUCUCGCACGCAUGUGCCCUGCCGUGAUGGCACGGGGUGUGUGGCCCAGGAGUACCUGUGUGAUGGGGAGAAGGACUGUGCAGAUGGCUCUGAUGAGGAGGGGUGUGCCCAGCUCUGCAACACCCCAGAAGAGGGUCUGGGCACCCUGGCUGCCUUCAGCAGCCAGUGCAAAGUCCCUUGUCUCCCCAGGGCGUUCCACUGUGCGAGCGGAGCUGUGUGCAUCGGGGCGGGAGAGCACUGCGAUGGGGUGCCACAGUGUCCCGACGGCUCAGAUGAGAUGGGCUGCUGGACCCCCACGCAGGAGUGUGCCCUGCGCUGCGACGCUGCCACCCGCUGCAUCCCCAGGAGCUGGCUGUGUGAUGGCCAUGCCGACUGCCUGGACCACACGGAUGAGCAGGGCUGUGUGCUGAAGGAGUGUGGUCCGGCUGAGUUUUCCUGUCGGAGUGGGCAGUGCGUGGCCCUGGCCCUGCACUGCGAUGGUGACCAUGACUGCCAGGACGGCUCGGAUGAGGAGGGCUGUGCUGUGCCCCGGCCGCUGCUCUGCCGUGAGGGUGAGGUGACGUGUUCCCACAGUGGGGAGUGUGUGCCAGAGGCCUGGCGCUGUGAUGGUGCUGCUGACUGUAAGGAUGGCUCAGAUGAGCAGGGCUGCCCUUGGGAGGAAGAGCUGUGUGAGGACCAGCAGUGGGGCUGCUCCCGUGGUCAUGAGUGCAUCCCUGAUGUCUGGCGCUGUGAUGGAGAGACUGACUGCACUGAUGGCAGUGACGAGGCUGGCUGCCACCCUGCUCCUUGCCAGAGUAAUGAGUACCCUUGUGGGCUGGGAUCCUGCCUGAAUGCAUCCCUGGUGUGCAACGGCCGGCAGGACUGCGCGGAUGGCUCAGACGAGGGGGGGAACUGCUCUGUGCCUUGCCAGCGGUCCUGCACUCAUCUCUGCUACCCCUCGCCCCAGGGCCCUAGGUGCUGGUGUGGCCCAGGCUUUCGGCUUGCUGUGGAUGGUCUGUCCUGCAUGGACAUAGACGAGUGCAUGGAGUGGGCCAAGGGAGCCUGCAGCCAGACAUGCCUCAAUGCCCCGGGGUCCUACAGCUGUGGCUGUCUCCCUGGCUACCUGCUGGAGCCCGAUGGCCAUACCUGCAAACUCACUGGACCAGAGCCCAAGCUGCUGGUGGCUGUGCAGUCUGAGGUGUUGUCCUAUGGCCUGCGGAGUGGGCAUGAGGAGGUGGUGCUGGCCACUGACAAGGAUCGUGUUGUCUUCUCACUUGACUAUGACUUGGUGGAGAGGAAAGUCUUCUGGAUGGACCUGGCUACAGAGAGCAUCCGCUGGCAGGACCUCAACUCAGGAAAGAAAGGCACACUGGUGAAAGGUGUGAGAUCAGACUGUAUAGCAGUGGACUGGCUUGGGAGGAACCUGUACUGGACAGAUGGGGUAGCAGGGCAGGUGCUGGCCACUCGUUUGGGGGCUGCCUGGCAAGGGAUACCAGAGUACACUGUGGUGAUGGAUGGAGACCUGGACCAGCCCCACUCUCUGGUGCUCCAGCCUCUGGCAGGGCUGAUGUACUGGUCAGAGGUGGGGAGCCACUCACGGCUGAUGGAGGCCAGCAUGGACGGGAGUUGGCGGCAUGUGCUGCUGGCCCAGGGACUGGGCUGGCCCACAGCACUGGCCCUCGACCUCCCCACCCAGAGGAUCUUCUGGCUGGAUGAGAAGCUGGGCAGUGUUGGUUCUGCACGUCUGGAUGGCAGCAGUGUGAAGGUUCUGAAGCUGCACUGGGUUUGGAGCCCUUUUGCAGCAGCUGUGUGUGAGGGGCAGCUCUACUGGUCAGAGAGGAAGACAUGGUCGGUGCAGCAGGUGGACAAGGCCAGCGGCAAGAACAGGACCGUGGUGCUCAAACGGCACGGGCAGCCCCAUGGCCUCCAGGUGAUGCACCCAGCCCUGCGCCCCACGGCCCCCAACCCGUGUGAGACGCGCGGCUGCUCCCACCUGUGCCUGCUGAGCGCCAGGCACACGGGGCAGUGCCGCUGCCCCGCCGGGCUGAUGCUGGCCGCCAAUGAGACCACCUGUCUGCCCAUCCGUGAUUCGGCCUUUGCCCUCCUGGUGUCACCGGCAGCUGUGGCACAGGUCUACCUGAAGGACCUGCCCACAUCAGCUGGAUCCCAAGGGCUUCCCCCACACAGGGCCCUGCCUUUGGCCAAGGUGAGCCGCCUGACAGCUGUUGACUAUGCAGUGAAAGACAAGAGCUUGUACUUUGCAGAAGUGGGAGGCAAUUCCAUCGGACUGCUGCGCCUGAAGGACUGGGGACGGCUGUCCUGGAAGAAGGCAGUAGCUGUGGAGGGCACAGUGACAUCCCUGGCCUUGGACUGGCUGAGUGGGAACCUUUACUGGAUUGGGGGGCAGCCACCCACCAUCCACGUGGCAGCUCCCAGGGGGCGGUGGGUCCUGGCACUACUCAGCGAGGGGCUGCAGGGUGCUGCCUGGCUGGCACUGUGUCCUCGUGCUUCCACCAUGUGCUUUGUCACAGCAGCUGGCAGCCGUGGGCAUGGUGCCAUGGUGGAAUGUGCAGCCAUGGACGGCACUGGACGCAGAGUGGUCUGGAGGAGAGCCCGUGCUCCCACUGGCCUUACCUUUGGGGGUGCUGGCACCAGGCUGUACUGGGCAGACCACGAGAGAGGUACCAUCAGCAGUGUUGAGCUGGAUGGAUCCCGCUUCCAGCUGGUGCGGGAGGGGCUGCAUGGUCUCUCACUCUUUGCCAUAGGAGAAGGCUUUCUGCUCUGGAGCACAACCUCAACCAAUGGCUCCAGCAAGAUCUGGCACAGCCGGCUGGAGCAGGCUGAGAACUGGUGGUUCCCAAUGGAGCAGGAACUGGUAGCCAUGAGGAUUUACAGCCAGUUCUCACAGGAAGGCACCAAUGGCUGUGCAAAGAGCAAUGGGGGCUGUGCCCAGCUCUGCCUGCCCAACCCUGCAGGGCGGCAGUGCCGCUGCUCUCCCGGGUACCACCUGGUGCAUGGGGCAGCGUGUGCGCUGGCACCGCCUUGCCCCGCCCCGCUGCAAGCCUGCCGGGACCUCCAGAGCUGCAUUUCCAGAGAGCAGGUGCCUCAGUGA